AUGGGCAGCUACGAAACACCUUCUUUUGAGCAACUCAACCAGGACCUCGACUACGAUGUCCUAAUAAUUGGUGGCGGCCUGUCUGGCAUCUUCGCGCUGCAUCGGAUGCGCACGUUGAAUCUGCGCGUCCGUGUACUUGACUCCGCAUCUGGCCCUGGUGGGACAUGGUACUGGAACCGGUACCCAGGUGCACGGUUUGACUCCGAGAGCUGGUCGUACCAAUUCUCGUUCUCGAAAGAGUUACUCGACGAGUGGUCAUGGAAUGAGCACUUCGCUCCCCAGCCAGAAACGCUCCGAUACUGCCAGUUCAUAUGCGACAAGUUCAACCUCUACGACGAUAUGCAGUUCGACACGACCAUCAAAUCUGCCCACUUCCAAGAACCUACCAACUCGUGGCUUCUCACCGACGCAAAAGGAAAGAAAUACACAUCUCGCUUCCUAGUAACAGCCAUGGGCGUCCUCAGUAAUUUCACCUUGCCCAAUAUCCCCGGUAUCCACGACUUCACGAAAGAGUGGUACCACACGGCCCGCUGGCCGCACACCCCGAUCUCGUUCGAGAACAAACGCGUCGCUGUAAUUGGCACCGGCGCAACAGCCAUCCAGGCCGUGCAAGAAAUCGCCAAGACAGCCGGCGAGCUCACCAUCUUCCAACGCACACCCAACUGGAGCGCCCCGCUGCGCAACGCGCGCAUUUCCCCGGAGGAAAUGCAAGACAUCCGCUCGCGCUACGACGAAAUCUUCACCAAGUGCCGCUCGUCCUACUCCGGAUUUGUCCACACCUCGGACCAGCGCCGCGUGCAGGACGUGCCCAAGGACGAGCGAGAAGCAUUCUGGAACAAGCUGUAUGAGGAGCGUGGGUUUGCCAAAUGGCUGGGGAAUUUCAAGAAUAUUGGCUACGACCGUGAGGCGAACGCCCUAUUCAGCGAGUUCAUUGCGAACAAGAUCCGCGAGCGCGUGCAUGACCCCGUCACGGCGGAAAAGCUGAUCCCCAAGUGCCAUGGGUUUGGGACAAAGCGGGUCCCGCUGGAGAGUGGGUAUUUUGAGGUGUACAACCAAAGUAAUGUGCGCCUGGUCGAUGCGAAGGAGACGCCUAUUCGGCGGGUUACGGAGAAAGGGAUCCAGACUAGUGAGGAGCACUUUGAGUUCGACAUGAUCAUCUACGCGACGGGCUUCGACGCUAUCACGGGCGCCUUUACGGCGGUGGACUUCCGCGGCCGGGAUGGUGUGCGGCUGGGUGAUCGCUGGAAGGAGGGGCCUCGCACUUUUCUAGGGCUUUUUGUCGAGGGAUUUCCGAACAUGACCAUGGUGUUGGGUCCACAUCAGAUGUUUGGGAAUAUCCCGCGCAGUAUUGAGUACGCCGUGGAGUGGGUGACGGGCUUUGUGAGGUAUUGUCGGGAUCAUGAAAUCACCUGUGCUGAGACGAAUUCGAAGAAAGUGGCGGAGUGGACGGAGCAUGUGCAUACUUGUGCGCAGGGUCUUCUGGCUAAUGAGGUGGAUUCAUGGAUGACAGGCAUUAAUCGUGAGCUGGGACACAAGCAGAAACGCAUCAUCGCCCGAUACCAGGGGCCUGCGCCAGGAUAUCGACAACGUGCACAGGAUGUGGCGGAUAGGAACUAUUGCGAUCUGAAGAUGCAGCAUGGAGCGGAUAAGACAUACGAAGCAGUGUCUAGUAGUCUAUAG